AUCUCAACUGCCAAUAAAUCGUUCGGGAGAUUCAGGUGCGUUAGCUACUACUGGCUAACGUUAUUAGCCUCUAGCUGCGAGCCUCCAGCAGCGACGAGGAACGGGCUACAGAAGUCUGCACCGUCUCUGAUGCUGCAAGGCGUGCCGCGGCGCACCGGAGCCCCAUGUGAUACCGAAGGGAGGUGUUGGAGGUGGAGGAGGCGGGGGUGUCCUAAAAGUGUUGGCUGGUCCUUACACUUCACAUCACUCCAGAUCGAGGCUAUCCCGGGGCGGAGCUGCACUGUUAGAGCUCGUCAUCUGGACGCUUUGGAUACUCGUUUGCAGAGACGCAGUCGUGCCAUCUUGGAGGGUUGUUGUGUGUUUUUUUUUUUUUUAGACAGAAGUUCACCUCUUGUGAUUGUUCGCCAUGGGAGCAGAGAGCUCAGUGCAGCGGGACGUGAAGAGCCAGGAGGAUGCCUCAGCUUCAGCUUCAGCCUCCGCCGGGGAGCUGAAUGCGGAGGUGAACACGCUCCAGGAGGGAAGCAGCGUCCUUGACAGCAAGCCUUUGGAGAAAAAUGGCCAAAUCUCCAGCGUGACCAGUCUGAAUGGACAUUCAGAGGACAACACGCUGGCAGAAGUUGGCCAACCAGAUGGUGUGACUCAGAAGGAGGAGGCUCCUGAGGCUAUGGACACCAUCCAGGAUGAAGUGGCUCCCCAAGUGAACGGCGAGAAAGUGGAGAAGGAGUCCCCUGAUGCCAAUGACAUCUCGGCUGUUGAGGAGAAAGCAGCUGAGGAGAAACCUGAUGAAGCCAGCGAGGUGGGCUUCAAGAAGAUCUUCCGCUUUGUGGGCUUUAAGUUCACACUGAAGAAAGACAAAAGUGAGGAGAAAGAUCCCGUGAAGCUUCUGACAGUCAAAGAUAAAGAAGAAGAGGAGGUGAGCGGGACUGACAAACCUACAAAGGAGGAAGAGACUACCACUGCUGAGGAGAAGAGCACAACGGAAGAAAAGGAGGCUGAUACAGAGGUGUCUACUGCUGAGGCUGAAGUCAGUAAAGAUGACAAAGCUGAAACCACUGAUGCCCCAGCUGAAGGCCCUGCAGCUGAAGCUACUGAUGAAGCAGUCAAGGAGGAAGGAGCUGAGAAGGAAGGAGAGAGCACCAUGUCCCCCUUCAGAAGGCUCUUCAGUGGAGGACUCUUCUCUAACCUGAGAAAGAAAGCCAGCAUCAAGAAGACAAAAGAGGAGGAAGACAAGGAGGCAGCUGCUGAGAAGGAGGCAGCUGCUGAGAAGGAGGCAGCUGCUGAGAAGGAGGCAGCUGCUGAGAAGGAGGCAGCUGCUGAGGAGGAGACAGCUAAGACCGAAGAAACUGCUGCUGCUGAAGAAAAGGAGGAGAAGGUUGAGGCAGAGCAAGAAACUAAGGAGGCGGAGGCACCAGCCACCCCAGAGGAAGUGAAAUCAGAGACUGCCCCAGAGCCAGAGAUCACUGUUGUAUCCACUGCUGCAGAAACUACUGAUGAGACCAAACAAGAAGAGGAUAAGGCUGAACCUAGUUCAGAGGAGGAGAAGCCUGCAGCAGAGGUGACUUCUGAAGCUGAGCAGCUUUCAUCACAGGAGAAGGCUAAGCCCCAGGGAAGCCCCCUGAAGAAGCUUUUCACUGGAGCUGGCUUGAAGAAGCUCUCAACUAAGAAACAGAAGACCAAGAAAGAAACUGAGACGAAGCUCACAGAGUCUGGGGAGCGGGAGGCUGAGCAGCUUCAAUCCUCCACUGAGUCAGCAGAGGCUCCAAAAGCUGACAGUGGACCACCAUCGCCUGAGGAGUCAGGAGAGCAUGUUAUUGCUGUCGAGGUGACCCAGAAUGAGUCGAGUCAGGAGACUGAUGGUGAAGUUGCCUCUGAUGGAGAGAAGAAAAAAGAGGGUAUCAUUGCAUGGUCUUCCUUCAAGAAACUAGUAACACCCAAGAAGCGUGUAAAAAGGUCUUCUGAGAGUGAAGAUGAAGCCACAGGUGAGAAACAAGCAAAGUCAGCCACCCUGUCCUCUUCUGAGAGUGCUGCAUUAGCAGAUAAGAGUGUUGACGAGGAGACUAAGGAGGAUAAACCAACUGAGGAAGAGCCAAAGACUGAAACAACCGAGAAACUGGUGAGCAGCACCGAGGAGCCCAAAAAGAAAAUGGACACCUCUGUCUCCUGGGAAGCUCUUAUGUGUAUGGGUGGACCCAAAAAGAGGACCAGGAAGACCUCUGAUUCUGACGAUGAAGAGACAAAGGUUGAGGAGGAAGCGGCAGCAGUAGAAGGGGAGCAAGAGGGCAAAACUGAGGCUGCCAUUGUCAGUUCCCAAACCACAGAUAGUGAUGGAGAGAUUGCUUCCUCCCCUGAGAGAGAGUCCACCUGGGACACACUGAAACGCAUGGUAAUGUCAAAAAAUAAGACCAAAGCUGAGGAAAAGCCAGAGGAGACUACAGAACAAGUCCAGUCAGACAGUGAGGCACCUAAAGAUGAGUCGUCGUUCUCUUUGAGGAAGCUUUUCCCUGGACGCAGAAAGAAGAAGGCUGAUAAACAAGCCUCCACUGAACAGGGCUCAGGUGAGGAGGACUCUGACACCCCAGCUGUGGUUCCUCUCUCAGAGUAUGAUGACAAAGUUGAAGCUGCUGAACCAGAAGCACCAGUAGCACCUGUUGAAAUCCAGAUUAAAGUGACCUCUGAAGAUAGAGCCCCUUCAUGGAUCCCAGCCAAUAUCGAAGAUGGUGAAGAUAUACACGAUCAGCUGAGUGACAUUCCAGAGGAGGCUGAAAAUGUUGCCACUCCAAAGUCUGUGGACACUGACAUUGCAGAGGAUGAAACCGAGGACAAGGAUAGUCUGUCUCCAAAAUCUGCAGGGCACACAGGGCGCAGAUUGUCCACAGCUGAGGUGAUGCCUGUUGCUCCAGCUCCAUCUGCAGAAACAACUCCUGUUCCUCAGGGACCCAAGCCAGAGAGCGCUGAGGAGGUUAUUGAGGGCAUUGAGGCCCAAAUCAACGAAAUUCCACCCCAGACAGGUGUGACCACUGAAGAUGUACCAAUAGAGGCAGCUUCUGAAAAAAUAGAGUAUGAACCACCAACUGAGAGUGCAGAGUCCAAGAUAAACACCAUCCUGGAGCCACACACUCAUGACGAGGCCAUGGCUAUCUGCACUGGCCUAGGAACCAAGGAGAUUGCCAAAGUAGCUUUGGAGAAACCUGCAAUGCCCAUCAUAGAGCCUGUGGCCGUGAUCCAUGAUGCUGUAGGCAGAGAGGUGUCAGUGGAAGAGAAGCCAGCACGUACAGAGGAAGUCGCAGUUACUGAAGAUUCAGUGCUCAGUGCCCAAGUGCACCAAAUAGAAAUCGCCAAGCUUGAGCCUGCUGUUGAGAGUUCAUCAGGCGAAACGUCAGAGGCUCAAGUAGCCACUCAGAGCUAUGAACCCAAGAUUGAGCAGGUUGGAAUUGUCAGCACUGUUCUUGAGGAAAGUGAAAUCAUUCAGACUACCACCACUAGUGAGAACUCUCCUAAAGCUGUUAUAGUCGAUCCCAUCGUACCAACAUCUGAAACAGCUGUUUGUACACAGAGCAUAGAAGUCAAUGAGCCAACUGUAGAGACCAAGGAAGUGAAAAUGGACCUGGAGCAACUUGCUGCCACUGAAGACAAUACUGCUGAAGAGGUUAUUCAGUAUGUGACUGAAGAUACAUCCUCCACCAUAUGUGAAAUCACAAAAGCCAGCAUCACAGAGGAGACUGUGCCAGAAGCUGUACCAAGUGAGGAGGGUCCUGUUAUCACUGAAUCAAUAGUUCUCGAGGCUCCAGUCAGUGCGGUAACAUCAGACAUAGUGAGCAUGGAAAAUGCACCAGAGCCAGUUGGUGAUGAAUCAGUCCAGGUGCAGGAAACCAAGGAGGAGGGUGCAGCUGAAGAGAAUGUGGAGGCAACUACCGCACAGACAGAGUCAGAGAUCAGUGAAGGGACAGAGCAGGUCAGCGAGAAGAUUGAGGAAAUCAAGGAAGACGUCCAGCAGACCAGUGAAAUUGAGGCUGAAAGUAUGGUCAUUGCCCAAUCUGUCAUUUUGGAUGCCAUGGAUAAAGUUUCAAAGGAGGCACCUGAACCCAGCACACCAACACCUGUCCAGGCUGUAGCAACAACAGAGGAAGAGAUCACAACAGAGACCCCUGUUAUCUCUGAGACCCCUGUUGCUGUCAUCUGUGAAACACCAGCACCAAAGUCACCUCAGCUGCUCAGAGUCGCCGUCGAGGUUAUUGACUCAAUCCCAGUGGAGGUCACAGAGAGUCUUGAUGCCCCUGUGGAGGAGGAGAAGAAACCAGAAGAAGGGUUAAAGAAAGCUGUGGAAGUAAAAGUAAGUGAAGAGACUGUCGUAGUGGAAGAAGUGGAGGAGUUAAAGGAGGAGAGUCAAGAGGAGGUCAAGGAGGAACAGAGCAAAGAAGAAGCAGAGGUUCAGGAACCAGAUGUUAAAGAAGCAGCCGAGGAAGUCAAACCACAAUCGGAGGAAGCAAAGACAGAGGCCCCUUCAGAGCAGAAAGUGCUUGAGAUUCACAUGCCGGUCCAAGUGGUCCUGCAGACGGCCCAAGUGGAGGAACUGUCGGUGGAGGAAGAGGCUGUGGAGGAGUUCGACAGCAACUGCCCUGUGGCUGAAGACACCAGCGUAAAAGUAAAAGCUGAGAGUGCCGGAAAGAAGCUCUCAACGGUGUCAGAAGAAGCUCAAGCCACAACCUCAGCAGAGGUUCCCGCUCCCAGCCAAGUCACAGAGGAGGAGAAGGCAGAAGCACCAUCAGGAAAGUGUGCAGAAGUGAUGGCUCAGGUGAUCGAGGUGAUCGAGGAGGCUGUGAAGGAGAUUGAGCCUGUGUCC